AUGACUAGGGCACCACCCCACCGCCUCGUCGACCGCGCCGAGAUCAAAUCCUCCUCCCUACACAACCCCCUCCCCCUCCUCUUCCACACCUACAUCUGGCCCUUUGCCAUCCUCUGGCCCGUCUUCUUCAGCUACUACCUCCCCCAAGACUCCUACGACACCUACAUCGGCCUGCAAGAAUGGACGUUCGUCUACGCCGGCUCCAUUGUCACCCUGCAAUCCCUCUUCUGGCUCAUGACCUUCUGGAACGUCAACCUCCGCUCCCUCUUCACCACGCGCUCCGCGACGAGCGUGCAGAACGCGAAAUUGAUCAAAGUCAUCCCCGAAGCGAACGCGGGUGCGAGCGAGAUUUGUGAGAUUCAGAGGGAAAAUGUGGCGGGACAGCAGAGCGUGAGCUUUUUGUUCCAGAAGAGACGGUUUUUGUACGAUGAGAGUAAAGGCACGUUCGCGCCGUUGGCAUAUGGUAUCGAUCAGGAACCCAAACCUACCGUGGGGACUUUCCAGAAGAGCAAGGGAUUGGAGAAAGGCGCGGAGAUUGAGCGUCUGCAACAAUACUACGGACCGAACAUUUUCGACAUCCCCGUGCCGACCUUCUCGGAGCUGUUCAAGGAACACGCGGUCGCGCCGUUUUUUGUCUUUCAGAUUUUCUGCGUGGGGUUGUGGAUGUUGGAUGAGUAUUGGUAUUACUCUCUGUUCACGCUGUUUAUGCUGGUUGUGUUUGAGAGCACGGUGGUGUGGCAGAGGCAGAGGACAUUGAAGGAGUUUCGGGGGAUGAGCAUUAAGCCGUAUGAGCUGUGGGUGUACAGGCAGAAGAAGUGGAUCCAGGUGCUGAGCGAUCAGUUGCUGCCUGGGGAUCUGGUUUCGGUCAACAGGACGAAGGAGGAUAGUGGUGUGCCUUGCGAUAUGAUGCUGGUCGAGGGCAGCGCGAUUGUCAACGAGGCUAUGUUGUCGGGUGAGAGCACGCCGGUGUUGAAGGACUCGAUUCAGCUCAGGCCUGCGGAUGCGACGAUUGAGCCGGAGGGACUGGAUAAAAAUGCGCUACUCUGGGGCGGCACCAAAGUGUUGCAGGUGCAGCAUGGCGUCAACUCUGAGGACGGCGGCGAGGUCGCGCCGCAGACUGUAUCGGGUGUUCCAUCUGCGCCGGACAAGGGAGCUCUGGCGAUUGUGAUCAAGACUGGAUUCGAGACCAACCAGGGCGCGCUCGUGAGGACGAUGAUUUACUCCACCGAACGGGUCAGCGCGAACAACGUCGAGGCUCUGCUCUUCAUCCUCUUCCUGUGUGUCUUCGCUGUUGCGGCUUCGCGCUACGUCUGGAUCGAAGGCGUCAAGCAAAACCGCAAGCAGUCGAAGCUUCUCCUGGAUUGUGUGCUCAUCAUCACGUCUGUUGUGCCUCCGGAAUUGCCUAUGGAAUUGAGUUUGGCUGUCAAUACUUCUCUUGCUGCGCUUAGCAAGUAUGCGAUUUUCUGCACCGAGCCUUUCCGAAUCCCCUUUGCUGGACGAGUCGAUGUGGCUUGCUUUGACAAGACUGGUACUUUGACUGGCGAGGAUUUGGUGGUGGACGGUAUCGCUGGAUUGUUCCUUGGAGAUGACAAAGUGCCGUCGGAGUCCGAUGGCGCCCAGAGCAUUCUGACCAAAUUGACGAACACUGGCUUGGAAACGGCAUUGACGUUGGCCACCGCUCACGCUCUCGUCAAACUCGACGAUGGCGAUGUUGUUGGCGAGCCCAUGGAGAAGGCUACACUGCAAUCUCUAGGAUGGACUCUCGGAAAGAACGACACACUGUCCGCAAAGGCAGGCACGUCAGCGAAGGGCGCCAUGGCAUCGGACAUCGUCCAGAUCAAGCGUCGCUUCCAGUUCUCUUCCACACUGAAACGACAGAGCUCCGUCGCUACGACCGUCACCACCGAUCGCGAGACUGGCAAGAAGAUCAAGAGCACAUUCGCCGGAGUCAAGGGUGCGCCCGAGACGAUCCGCAAAAUGCUGGUCAAUGUCCCGCCAAAAUACGAGGAGACAUACAAGUACUUCAGCCGCAACGGCGCUCGUGUCCUGGCUCUCGGUUGCAAGUACAUCCUCCACGGUGACGAGAUCUCACAGAAGAAGAUCAAUGACCUCAAGCGUGAGGAUGUCGAGUGCGAUCUCCAGUUCACUGGCUUCUUGGUUCUGCAGUGCCCGUUGAAGGGUGACGCUAUCAAGGCUGUGCGUAUGUUGAAUGAGAGCAGUCACCGCGUGGUCAUGAUCACGGGAGACAACCCGCUCACUGCCGUGCAUGUCGCGAGGAAAGUGGAGAUUGUCGAUCGUGAGGUCUUGAUUCUUGAUGCGCCUGAGAACGAUGACAGUGGGGAGAAGCUGGUCUGGCGGAGUGUGGACGACAAAGUCAACAUUCCUGUCGACCCGACUCAAGAUCUGGAUCCGAAGAUUUUGGAAAGCAAGGAUCUUUGCGUUACGGGCUAUGGUCUUGCGAAGUUCAAGGACCAGAAAGCCCUCCGGUCUCUCAUCCGCCACACUUGGGUCUACGCACGGGUAUCUCCCAAGCAGAAGGAGGAGAUUCUUCUUGGUCUGAAGGAGCAAGGCUACACCACACUCAUGGCCGGCGAUGGCACCAACGAUGUUGGUGCGUUGAAGCAAGCUCAUGUCGGUGUCGCUCUUCUCAACGGCACACAAGAAGACAUGGAUAAGAUUGCCAAGAACUUCCGUGAGACGAAGAUGAAGGAGAUUUACGAGAAGCAGAAGGCGUUGAUGGCUCGAUUCAACCAGCCGGAACCUCCUGUCCCGGCUAAUGUCGCGCAUCUGUAUCCUCCAGGCGAGAAAAACCCGCAUUAUGAGAAAGCUAUGGAAAGGGAGGCUUCUACCAAGGCUCAGUGGGAUGCGUUGAGAGAGGCACAAGAGAAUGGAUCUGCGAAUGGAGAGAUCGCUCCACCCACUCCAGCGUCGCAGGCAGUUGUGGAGGCGAAAGCUCCCGCGGCUGCGCAGAACCAGCAGGCCCAAAACGCCGCCUCCAAGAUGGCAGAAAAGCUCUCCAUGUCUAUGCUGGAAGACGAACUCAAUGCCGACGAGCCACCAAGUAUCAAGCUCGGUGACGCUUCCGUCGCGGCACCGUUCACGAGCAAACUCGCCAACGUCGUUGCCAUCCCCAACAUCAUUCGUCAAGGUCGUUGCACCCUCGUGGCUACGAUCCAGAUGUACAAGAUUCUCGCAUUGAAUUGUCUCAUCAGUGCGUACAGUUUGAGUGUGCUGUAUCUGGACGGCAUCAAGUUCGGAGACGGGCAGGUCACAAUCAGCGGAAUGCUGAUGAGCGUCUGCUUCCUCAGCAUUUCCCGCGCGAAGCCCGUCGAAGCUCUCUCCAAAGAACGCCCCCAAAACAACAUCUGGAACUGGUACAUCAUCCCCUCCGUCCUCGGCCAAUUCGCAAUCCACAUCGCGACUCUCAUCUUCAUUUCCAAAACCGUUGAACGCUUCGAACCCAAAAUCGACCGUUCCCAAAUCGACCUCGAAGGAAAAUUCGAACCUUCCCUCCUCAACUCCGCCAUCUACCUCCUCCAACUCAUUCAACAAAUCUCCACCUUCGCAAUCAACUACCAAGGUCGCCCAUUCCGCGAGAGCAUCAAAGAGAACAAAGGCAUGUACUGGGGCAUCGUACUCGUCACCAGUGUCGCCUUCUCGUGCGCGACUGAGUUUGUGCCGGAGAUCAACGAACAGUUGAAGUUGGUGCCGUUUACCACGGAGUUUAAAGUCCUGCUUUGUAGCGCUAUGGUGAGUGAUUAUCUGGGCUGUUUGGUCGUGGAGAAGAUUUUGAAGUGGAGUUUUUCGGAUUAUCGGCCGAAGGAUAUUGCGAUUCGGAGGCCGGAUCAGUUGAAGAGGGAGGCGGAGAGGAAGGCGAGGGAGCAGGAGGAGGAGGAUCUGAGGAAGGAGAAGGCGCUGGAGGAGGCGGCUGCGAAGGCGUCGGAGAAGGUGGGUGGGAAGGCGUAG